UUUGUGCGGCUGGUUCCCAACUAGAGAAUUUCGUCUUCGAAAUUGUGGAUACAGAGGGUAAUCUCGAUGAGAAUAUCCACAAUGAUGAGGAAAAUGGCCAUUUUCAUACACUUUCCAUAAAACUGGACUCAUCCAUUGGCAUUCAGCCUUCUUCAGAUUUGCAGCAUGAGAUUCAAACCUUGUGUCCAAAUACAAAUAUAAUGAUGCUACAGGACAAAUCAACCCCUAAUAAUAUAGCGAAUGUACUUUCCAUCAUCAAGAAUGAGGUUCUUGAGGAAACUGCUUUGUGCAUUGAACAUCGGGAAAGGGUUCUUGAGGAAACUGGUUUGCGCAUUGAACAUCGGGAAAGGGUACUGAAGUUGCUGCAUGACCGGAAGGUUGAAAUAGAGCAAUCUUUGGUGGAGUUAGGAGGGCCUUCCCCUUUGAACAUUGUGGACUGCUUUUUCGCCAAAGAGGAAAUGAUAGACAUGAUAGAAAACAGAGAUGGCUCGGAGCUGCAUUUUCCAUUUUGGAGGAUCUUAGCCAAGUAUCUGGGUGAAGAUCAAAUGCUCGGGAUCGUGUGCACAAACUCCGAGACGGCAUUUAGUCUCGAGACAUAUGACAAAAAUGGAGAAGUUGAUAUCCAAAAUGCUGCUCGUGCAAAAGCAGCUGAACUUGGCAAGUCUAUUAGUGGUGAAUUUCGUGUCAUAUGUCUUGAGGAAAUAAGCCCAUACAGACGAGAGAUUGAAGGCUGCGAUCCUCAAAGGAAACUGGCUUUUCCUCAUCCUACCUUACCUAGUGGAGAAAUCCCUCCAGGCUUCAUGGGAUAUGCAGUUAACAUGGUCGACAUAGACUUUGAUCAUUUGGCAACAAGAACAACUGAAGGCCUUGGUCUACGAGAAACACUAUUUUAUCGGCUUUUUGGCAAGUUGCAGGUUUAUGACACCAGAGAACACAUGAAGCAGGCCUGUGUCUGCAUAGAUCACGGUGCUGUAUCACUGGAUGGUGGAAUAAUACGAGAGGACGGCUUGAUUUCUCUAGGCUUCUGGAAGCCAGACAUAAUCUUUCCUGUUGUCACAUCUGAAAUUCAUAUAAAUACUUUGCCGGAGAGUACACAAGUAGGAAUGCAGAUUGCAGAGGCUAUGUCGGAGUUGAGAGUGACCCUAUGCAAGAUACGUAAGAUUACAAGAGCUUGCGAGGAAGAUAAGCGGCAAUUUUUGGGGAAGACUAAGGACUUUGUCAGUAAUGGACACAGCCGAGGCUUUAAUGAAAAAUCACUGUCCGAAGGUGGAAUUCUGCCCGGAUAAUUAUGUCUACCCCACCAUUUCCUCGUGAAUUAUUUCAAGUUUUAUAUUUCCAGCCUUGGAAACAUGGGAUAAUUGUCUAUGCCGAGAACGAGAGAAUCACUGAGUGUGUUUUUUGCAGCUACCAAUUUUUUGGAAUUGAAACUGUUACCGUAAGUUGAACAUUUUUGUCCUCUUUAUUGGAUUGAUGUUCCGGAA